AAUGUCUUUAAUCAUACUUCAUACUUUCAUACGUCAAGUACAAAACUAUCAAGAGACAAAAGUGAAAUGAGUGAAGAAUAGAUUUAUUUUAUCGUGAUAGUAACUGAAAAAAAAAACACUGUCUACUCCACUGUUAACACUUAACAGUAUUAUUUUACUUGUUUAUGGUGUAGGCCGCGGCGGUAUCAGUGUGCACUGUGCUACUUCUAUUCAUUAUGUUAUAUUAUUAGGUAAUAUAGAUACCUAUUACUUAAUUUUUUAAUAUUUACGACAGUCGAAAGCCGCAGCCGAGGAAGACGUGAGUUUAUUUUUUAAAUUUUUUAUAAAUCGCACAACGCCUAAACGAACGCCUUUGUGAAACUGAUGACGGCGAGCGUUGUCCAAAGCGCGCAUCACAGCCGUCGUCGUUUGUCGCACGUUUUAUUUUUACACCGUCGGGACGGACACGCUACUCGCCGGGGCACGGUGCUAUAAUUAUCUCGCGGUCCGCUGGCAGGUCUGCCGGUCUAACGAUAGAUAAUUUGCCCGGUAAACGCCGACAGUACACCGCACAGAACCCUCCACGAUUUUUGGUAGGUACGCCGUUGGAGAUCACCACAGCUGUAUUAUUGACGAACCAUGGACGCCGAAUCGUUUUUGGAAUUUGCCAGCCAAGUGACCAAAUGGAAGAUGUACCCGUACUUUGACGUGGCGCAUAGCGUGCUCUGUGCGCUCCACGUCCGUGAUGACCUCGGUCCAGGAGCACUGGCAUUUUCACGCAAGCAUCCCAUUUCCUGUUGGCUGUCUACAAUGCUGGUCGUCUUUGCCGGAGGCAUGCUGAGUGCUGCGCUACUCGGAGAACCUCCUCUAGCACCUCUUAAAAACACUCAACAACUUGUAAUUGCUUCAGCUGUAUGGUAUCUAGUUUUUUACACACCAUUUGAUAUUGGAUACAGUAUUGCAAAAUUUCUUCCUGUGAAAUUAGUGUUUUCCGUUAUGAAAGAAAUAUAUCGUUGCAAAAAAGUACAUGAUGGUGUAUUGCAUGCUGCUAAACUCUAUCCCAACGCCUACAUCAUAAUGAUUUUAAUUGGAACCCUUAAAGGAAAUGGUGCUUCAUUUACAAAAAUUAUUGAAAGACUGUUACGAGGAGUGUGGACACCCACAUCUAUUGAGACAUUACAACCAAGUUUUACUACUAAAGCAUGCAUUAUAGCGUCUGUGGUGUUUGUACUUGAUAUUAAAAGUGAUUUGAUAUCAGCUCCACAUGCUUUUGUUUAUGUUUUUGUCAUCGGUUUCUUCAUAUACUUCAAGGUAUUUUCUUCGAUGAUUUUGGGUAUACAUGAGCCAAUGUUACCAUUUGAAAACUUGAUAUGUGCAAUAUUCUUUGGCGGUAUAUUUGAUUAUACUACUAAAGCAUUCAAAAGUACCAAAGAUGAAAAAGUAGACACAAAAAAGAAAGAUUAACCAUAAACGUCAUUUGGUUAAUAUUCUAAAUUUUCACAAUAUUCACCAUGUGAUGAUUUAUUUUAUAUCUAGUCGAUGCAUUUUUCAUGCACAAA